CAAAAUGGCGUCUGUUGGCUGACUAGAAGGUUAAUUUUCUGGACAUUUUACAGCAUGGAAAAGCCAUCAGUGGAGCAAGUUCAGAGUGUAAUCAAUACUUUAUACUCUAAUCCAGACCCGCAUAGUAAAGAAAAAGCUUCAGAAUGGCUGGGAAACUUGCAGAGAUCGAUGCAUGCUUGGGAAAUAGCAGACAAUCUCCUGAUGAUGAACAUMAAUAUAGAAACAACUUAUUUUGCUGCUCAAACCAUGAGAACAAAGAUUCAGUAUUGUAUUAGUGAACUUCAACAUCAUCAGUAUGAGUCAUUGAAAGAUUCCAUCAUCAACCAUCUGUCUAAUUUACAUUCUAUUUCCCAACCUGUUGUCACUCAGUUAUGUCUUGCCUUAGCAGACCUUGCMGUCCAGAUGCCUCAAUGGACUGAUGUAGUCUCAAGUCUAUAUCAAAGGUUUGGCUCUUCCCUUGAAAGCCUGCCAAUUUUAUUAGAAAUAUUAACAGUUUUACCUGAAGAGGUUGACAGUCAUCAUUUAAGAGUUGGAGCAAAUAGAAGAGAAGGAGUUUUGAAUGAUUUAAGAGGCUCUGCUAAUACUACUUUGUAUUUAUUGUCAACCUGCUUAGAAAAAUGUCCUGCUUCUGAGAAAAUAAGAGUUAAGAUUUUUCGAUGUGCAGGAAGCUGGAUAUUACUGGGUGCUUUUCCUCCAAUAGAGAUUGCUAAUAGUAAACUUUUAUCUACAACUUUCGAAAUACUUUCUAAUCCAACAUCUAACGUUAGUGACACACUGCAUGAGGCUGCGGCUGAUUUUAUUUGCAAUGCACUUUAUACUUCAGAGGAUAUUGCAAAACAUCAGCCGCUUGCAGAAGCUCUUUUUAAGCAAGUCAUGUUGCUYCCCCCUGCAUAUGAGGCAGCAAUCAAUGAGGAAGACUUUGAUAGGUCGCUAAAUUUAUGUCGAGUUUUUACAGAAAUGGGAGAAUCUUUUCUUGAACAAAUUGUUCAUACACCAGGAAAGAGUCUUGGAGAUUUACAAACUUUAAAUUUUUUAUUAACCUGUGUACAGCACAAUCAGUAUGAGAUUGCAGAAGUAACAUUUAAUUUCUGGUAUCGUUUAUCGGAGUCAAUUUUCAAGCUUCAAAAUGAAAACCAAGUAGCCAUAUUUAAACCAUAUUUUGAAAAACUUAUUGCAGCAUUAAGCUUACACUGUAGGAUGGAGCCUGAUCAUGAAGGUAUACCAGGAGAUGAUAAUGAAUUUGGUGAAUUCAGAGAAAGAGUGGCUGAUCUUAUCAAAGACUGUGUAUUUAUUGUUGGAUCUACCAGCUGUUUUCAACAGAUGUACUUAAGUCUUGUAAACCAGAGUAGUCAAUCAUGGGAGAUAUCUGAGGCAAUACUGUUCGUCAUGGCAACUAUUGCUAGAUCUGUGAGCCUAGAUUCAGAACUUGUCAGUCAGUUUUUACCAGUACUACUAAACCUACCUACCAAUGUCCAUAUUGCUGUCAAAUAUACAAGUAUUAGAGUAAUCGGUGAAUUGGCAGAAUGGAUUGAAAAGCAUCCUGAUUUUAUUGAUCCUCUGAUGCAAUUUUUAUUGACUUCUGUUCAAACCCAUGGCUUGUCAUCUAUUUGUGCCUCAGCCAUUGAGAGCAUAUGCCUAUCAUGCCACAAAGAAAUGGGACGACAUUUUGAUGUUUUAGCACAGGUUGUUGCAGCAACAGAUUCUUUAAGCAUUUCAGGAGAAGCUACCCUUGGAAUGAUUAAAGGUGUGAGUAAGAUUCUGGAGGGUGUGACAGCAGAUAAAGUUACUGAUGGAUUCAGACGUUUAUGCAGCACACAAGUCAAUGCUCUUUCACAGAUUGUAAAUGCACAGGGAACCUCACCAGAUCCUACUCUCUGGCUAGAUAGAUUAGCAGCUGUGUUCAGAUUUACUGAACAUAAAGUUGAAGAAGGCAAGGCUCAUCCAUGUCAAGAAGUGAUAGAAGAGGUUUGGCCAAUAAUCUCUAGUGUUUGUGACAAAUACCAAAUGGAUAAUAGAAUUAUUGAACGGUGCUGCAGGUGCAUAAGGUUUGCUAUAAGAUGCAUUGGCAAGUCAGCAAGAAAUCUUUUAACCCCUUUAGUACCACAGAUGGUAAGGAUCUAUGAAGCUCACAGGCAUUCAUGUUUUCUGUACCUGGCAAGUAUCCUGGUUGAUGAAUAUGGUGAUGAACAAGUCUGUAUACCUGGACUACUAGAGAUGACUAAGGCCAUGUCAUUGCAAACAUUACAGCUUCUUAGYGGAGCGCAAGGACUAGUGAAUCAUCCAGACACCAUUGAUGAUCUCUACAGACUAAGCUCAAGGUGCCUUCAGAAGUUCCCAUUAAUGUUCCUGCAAUGCAAUAUUGCAGUACCUGCAAUCCAAUGCGCCAUUGCAGCCUCUACAUUACAGCACAGAGAAGCCAAUGCCUCAGUUAUGAAAUUUCUGAAGGAAAUGAUUCAUGCUGGUACAAAAAAUACCAAAAAUCAUCAUGAUUGUGUCAAUCUUGUUCAUCAAAUACUCUCUACCCAUGGCCAGGAAUUAACAAAAGGGCUUAUAAAUGCCUGUGCUGGUGGUAUCCCUACAUAUAUGGUCCCUGAAGUAGCUGAUGUCAUCUGGGAGCUUUUAUGUUUCUCUAAACAGGAUGCUCUUGACUGGGUUGGACAGGCUCUCCACUCUUUACCUACACAGGCYGCACCAGGACAUAUAGUAGCAACACGAGAACAACUACAACAGUUUCAUCAAUCUAUAUCAAGUGCACGGUCCCAGAAUGCAGUAUGGAAAGCUGCCAAGGUCUUCUCUCGAUUGUUCAUGUAGCAAGCUCAUUGAAAUAUAAAGAGAACAAAACGAACUGGUUCAGUGAAGAGCAUUUCCCMGCAGCUCCUAAAGAAGUGAUGUUCUACAGCUUAGUAACUGACAACUCCUUACCAACAGCAGUAAAUAAUCAGUGAUUUUACAGAAUAGAAAUCUGUACGUUUGAAUCGAUAAAAAGUUCAUUGUUCAUGUUACAUCACUARUAACACUCUGAAAACUGCAGUAAGCARAAAARCCAGUAAWUUAUCAAUGAUUUUAUGGAGUAGAMAUCUGUACAUUUGACUUGAUAGAAGUUCAUUGUUCAUGUUUCAUCACUAGUAACUCUCUGAAAACUGCAGUAGACUGAACAGCGUUGUACAGUAGACAUCUGUGAAAAUGUGUAUAAUAAUUAAAGACAGUUGCAACUCUAUAGAAACUGCAGUAAGCCAUGUCAGUCAUGAUGAAACUAUAUGAAGAGACAUUUUGAUCUGCGAAGUGUGAACAACCAUUAUUUUAUGACAUCRAAGAAAGCAUCUUUUUCAUGAAAUAAUCAAUCCAGUGAUUGUGCCGGUAGGCAAAGUAGUAUUUUUAUUUUAUUUUCAUGCAAGUUGCAAAUACAUUACUUUUAAAAGAUCUGUCCAUAGAAGAGCUACCCUCCACAGUAUUGUACACRCACUUAGUCCAUGAAACAAAAAGUACUAAUUACAAACUAUUUAGCAUUUAGUCAAAAGAAUGGUUUUCAUCUGACUGUGAAACAACUCAAAUAUCCAGUAUUUAAUAGUAUGUAUUAAUUGUAUUCCAAUGAACGAAAGUAUUUUAAGGGUCUAUGGUCUACUAGUGUCUAUUAGCUUAUGAAUUAUUUCGCAGUCAGAUGAAAACCACUCUAAAACCACUAUACUAAGUUUUAAUCUCCUCGUAUCCGUGUUCAGUUUUGGCCACGCAUCACUCAACCUCUCACUUGGUGUGGAGAAGUUGCGUGAUGCGUGUCUGAAACUAACAUUGUAGGAAACUAAGUUGUACCAUGUUAGAAUCAAGAUAUCUGUGAAAUGGUUUGCAAACUAAUCUAGGCAAAGUAGUGUAAAAUCCUUUGUCUUGUUAAAUAAGUGCAAUUUCUUACUAAAUGUUUCCCUGAUUGCACUCUUCUUACCCUCACAGAAAUUCACAAAUACAUUUUUUUUUGUUAGAAUUUGACAAAUA